CCGUGAUCACUUCUUGGAGAGGUGCACCCUUGAUAACGUAAAUGUCCCUUUGUUAGUGAAGGAGAGGGCGAGGAGGGAAGCUGGAAUGCCGGAGGGGAAGUGCCUUGCUCGCAUGUUGAUGCAGAUCGAGGCUGGAGGUGCUGGGCCCAACAACACAGUGUGGUCACGAUGAAUGAGCGUACAAGUCGAUUCCUCGACAGGUUUUUUAUAUGCACCAACCAGCUGUUCAGCUUGGUGGAGGACGUCUUCUUCCUUGAGUUCCUUCAGGCCGUGAGGACGGCCCAUCCUACAUGGAUGCCUUGCCGAAGGGACAAGCAAAGGACAAAGCGCUUGGACGCAGAGUAUGCGCGGUUAGGGGCGGAGGUCCGUGCAAUGAUAGUGAAAUGGAAGAAGACGGGGUGUAUGCUGCAGAUGGACGGCUGGUCGGACCGCCUCAACAAACCACAUUUAAAUGUCAUGGUGUCCUCGCCCGCCGGUACAGUAUUAUGGAAGUCCGUCUACAUGGAGGGCAAUGAGAAGGAUUCAGCAACUUAUUUUCGGGUGUUGGACGACGUCAUCAAGGAAAUUGGAGCGGAUGCAGUCGUUGGUGUAGUCAUGGACAACGCAAGGGUGUGCAUGAAGGCAGGGAAGAUGGUGGAGUCCGCCUAUCCGACCAUCUUCAACGUCGGUUGUACGACACAUGCGCUGGACCUCAUGCUGGAGGAUAUGUACAAGGAAAUGCCUUGGAUGGCGCAGGUGGUCGAUGAUGGCAACAAGGUCGGUCAUUUCUUCUCCAAUGUGGACAAGGCAAGUGCUUUGUUCCACCAUUACUCCCCGAAGACAAAGCUGAAGCGUCUGGCGGCGACCAGAUUUGCAACGGACUUCGAGAUGUUGCAGUCGCUCAGGGGAUUGCGGAAAGUUCUUGACCGUUAUGUGUGCGACAAGGGGUUGGUGGACAAGAUGGUGCGGAAUGACCAAUUGGUGGCAUUCCACGAUGUAACAGCCAUCGUCCUUGACAAGGGCGACUUCUGGAGGAAUUUGCAGAAGGCGCUCGAUGUCAUGCAACCGGUGGUGGAGCUGCUCCAUUUGGUGGAUGGGCAAGGAGCAACCAUCUCGAAGAUUUACUUCAAGAUGGAUCAGGUUGUGCAGAAUCUGCGUGCCCUGGAAUCCUUAUCGGUGGAGGAGCACGAGGCGGUGGAGCGCAUCCUCAUGGGCCGCUGGGCAUUUUUGACAAGCGGGCUACAUUGUGCUGCAGCCUUCUUGGACCCUGAGCAUCGGAUGCACAACGCACAGCGAGAUCGGGAGUUGCUGAGGAAGAAUCAGUGUGGCGAGGGGGAUGAUACUCACAUCCCAUGGGCGGACGACGUCCCGGUGGACAAGGAGAUGGAGGAGUGGUAUGUGCAGUGGUUGGAUUGGGUCCAUAAAGAUGUCGAUUGUGAGGAGGUUGUGGAGGUGGACUGCGAUGAUGAGGGAGACAAGAUCUCGAUGCGGCGGACUUUCCUGCGGAAUGACGAAGUUGACGACAAGCUGGUUGAGGAAGAGGACACUCUACUUGUCGGUACAACGCAGCGUGAUUGGCACGAGUGCACGAAGCAUGGGAAGCACCGUGAGCAAGAGUUGCGCAGGAAAUCUGGUUGCCAGCUGCCCGUGCUUGGAGAGUUGUACACGGAGGAGGGUUACGCUCUCGCAAUGGAAGCGCGACCGACAGGCACUUGGGUGCAGGGGCGAGAUGAGGCGCGAACAAAGAGGAGAGGGAAAGAUAAGGGCAAACACGCGGGGGCAUGCAAGGCGAAGAAGGCUGAAGAGAAGGCUAUCGCUGCAGCAGCUGAAGCAAAAGCUGCUGCAGACAAAGCCAUGGCGGCCAAAGCCAGAGCGGCAGCGAAAGCUGCCACAAAGAGCGCAGGUAGAGGGAAGGCCAAGAAGUUCAUCGUAGUAAGUGACGAUGACGACGUGGAUGUCCCCGAAAAAAGUCCGGAAGAGGACGAGACUCCCUCGUCAUCUCAUACCAGUGGGAUGGAAGGCACAGCCGGAGAAGGAAGUGAGGGAGGGGCCCAAUUCGAGGAUGACAAGGAGGAAGAUCAGGUAGAGGCUGAGUAGAGGGAAGUUGUUCGAUCUAUGAUUUCAUCAGUUUAGGUAUCCGAUGCUCCAAGUGCAG